CCGGCGGUCAGUCCAGCGGUCACUCCGGUGAUGGUCACUCCGGUGAUGGUCAGUCCUCCAGUGGUCACUCUGGUGAUGGUCAGUCCAGUGGUCACUCUGGUGAUGGUCAGUCCAGUGGUCACUCUGGUGGGGGUUAAUCCACCAGUGGUCACUCUGGUGGUGGUCAGUCCACCAGUGGUCACUGCAGUGGUCACUGCAGUGGUCACUAGUGGCCACUCCAGUGGUCACUCUGGUGGUGGUCACUUAAGUGGUCACUUCACCGGUGGUCACUGCAGUGGUCACUCUAGUGGUCACCCUAGUGGUCAUUCCAGUGGUGGUCAGUCCACUGGUGGUCACUCUAGUGGUCACUGUGGUGGUCACUCCACCGGUGGCCACUGCAGUGGUCACUCCAGUGGUGGUCAGUCCACUAGUGGCCACUCCUGUGAUCACUUUGGUGGUGGUCACUCUAGUGGUCACUCUGGUGGUCACUCUAGUGGUCACUCCAAUGGUCACUCCACUGGCGGCCACUCCUGUGGUCACUUAAGUGGUCACUCUAGUGGUCAUUCCAGUGGUGGUCAGUCCACCGGUGGUCACUCUAGUGGUCACUGUGGUGGUCACUCCACCGGUGGUCACUGCAGUGGUCACUCCGGUGGUCACUCCGGUGGUCACUCCGGUGGUCACUCCAGUGGUGGUCACUCCACUGGUGGCCACUCUGGUGGUCACACUGGUGGUCACUGCAGUGGUCACUCUGGUGGUCACUCCGGUGGUCACUCCAGUGGUGGUCACUCUGGUGGUCACUCUGGUGGUCACUCUGGUGGUCACUCCGGUGGUCACUCUGGUGGUCACUGGUGGUCACUCCGGUGGUCACUCCAGUGGUCACUCUGGUGGUGGUCAGUCCCCGCCGGACGCGGGGGGUGGUGGGAAAUAAACGCCGGCCUGAGCCCGGCUACGGCCACUGGGUGGUCAGUGGUCAUUCAAGGGGUCACUGGGUGGUCAGUGGUCACUCAAGGGGUCACUGGGUGGUCAGUGGUCAUUCAAGGGGUGGUCAGUGGUCACUCAAGGGGUCACUGGGUG